AUGUUCUCUGCAAUCACCAAAUCAUCAACUAGCAGACUCCUUCUCAGAACAUCGUGCUUGAAUUUUGUUCAAAGAAGAGGAUACGCCACCGUUAAAUACACAAAGGACCACGAAUACGUGAGAUUUGAAAGCGGAAAGAGCGUUGUUGUUGGUAUUUCAGAUGAGGCUCAAAAGAAACUUGGAGAAAUUGUUCAUGUUGAAUUGUCCGUAAAGCCUGGUGAUGUCAUCAAGGCCAGCAGUGUGAUUGGAGAAGUUGAAAGUGUUAAAUCAGUGAGCGAAGUUUAUUCUCCUGUUUCGGGCAAAGUUGUUGAAGUCAACAGCGUUGUUUCAGAUAAUCCAGGAAUUGUUAACGAAAGCGCUGAACAAGAUGGAUGGAUGAUUAAGAUGGAAUUUGAAAAGGAGGCAGAAGGUUUAAUGAACAAGACUGAUUAUCAAAAGUAUUGCGAAGAGCAAGAAUAA